CUAAUUGUUUUAUACCUCACCAUGUAUGGUGUAGUUAAACAACUCCCAAAUCAUACACACUAUAUAAGCACAUGAAUGGCAUAAAAGAAACUAAUUUUGUGCAUGCCACCACUACCAUACCAAAUACACCAAACUUUUCACUCAUCCACUCCAUCCAAAUUCCCUAGUUUUCAACACACUCAACAACCGUGGAAUGCGUUACCUUCUUCUUCUCUAGAAUUUUCAUCUUAUAAUAAUAAUAAUCCAAUCCAUGUUCCUUUCCUAUCCUUAAACUCACCAAAACCAUGCCGUUUCCAUGGAACAAGAAGAAAAACCGGGUCACCCGAAUUUCUCAAAUCUUCGCCGAUCUCCAUUCCCCCAACCGCCGCCGCUCCCUCGUCGUCCAAACCGGCUUCCCCACCUCCCUCAUCGACCUCUUCGUCAACAACCGCUCCCGCUUCACCAAACCCCGCUCCAACAAACCACCGCCAGACACCGCCGAUUUUCCUCCGCCGCCGUCUCCGGCCACCUCUCCCCCACCGAUGACUCCGCCACCGGUCUCGAACAUUCCUCCGACGGGUCCGUUAAUCGCGGAAAACACCGUUCCUGAUCGGGUCCGUGAAUGCGGGUCCGGACCCGGUGCUACUCUGCUUGUUGUUAAGGUGUUGCUGGUGGCGGUUCUGGUGGCGAGCGUGGAGAGGCUCACGGUUGGGAUCACCGUGUCGGCGUUUGCGCUUCUGCUUCUCGAAUACGCAGGGAAACGCGUCGUUUCGAGCGGUUCAAUGGAAUCUCUGCUCCGACGAGUCUCCUCGGUUCGAAUUCAGUUGAAGACGAGCGAGGUUUGUGAACACUCCGCAACUGAAUUGAAUCGAUUGAUCUCGAAUGUUGAUGAAAUUGAAGCUGUGGAAGCGAAUGAGAUUGCUCGUGAAUUGGAUUCUCCGAUGGUGAUGAUGGAGCCAUUACCAUUAGCUUCUUCAGAGUGCAAGGUAAGAAGAAGUAGCCGUAGCGGUAGGUUCAAGAGCAAGAUGGUGAAGAAGCUUGUGCCUAAGAAGUUUCGUGGAUCCAAGAAAGAGAACAGGGAUAAUAAACAGAAUGAAGCUGAGUCAGGGAGUGAGGUUUCAAGUGGUCUUGGAGAGGAAGAGAAGUUUCAAUCUCUUGAGAUUGAACAUGAGUGUGUUGAUGAUGAUGAUUAUGAUGAGGUAAAUGGUGGUGGAAAUGGAAAUGGAAUCACUUAUUCCAAAGAAUCAUCACUUGAGGAAGAAAAGAAGAGAAUAGAAAGUGUUGGGGUUGUGAAUUCAGGUUAUAGUUACACAAUUCUAGUUAUAAUCACCCUUGUAGGACUACUUGUAGGGCGUUUUCCUGCACUGAUACUCACAAUGGCAUGGUGUUUCUUGCUAAAGAUAGUUAAAGUCCUCUGCAGAUGACAGAAUGUUCUGAUCCAAAUUGUUGAUAUCGUGUGUGUUUGGUUUCAAAUCUGGAGAGGUUAAACGUGGAUCCAGAAAUCCAAAAACAAUUAUUUCUUGCUUUUGAAAACGUGGAUCAGAGCCAAACGUGAAUCCUGGAUGAGUUUUUCAAACACAAACGAUACGAUGGAGUAUAGGGUUGUGUCUGAUCCUUUUACAUUAGAUGAUAAUGAUUCAUGAUGUUUAGUCAAAAAAAUACUGAGAGCUGAUUCCCAUGAUAGGAACUCCAACCAUUUGUUGGGAAAUGGAAUCCAACUUGAUGCGUUGUAUCUGGGAGUUUGUAAAUUUACAGAUACUAAUGAGUAAUGAAAUGGGAUACUAUAUUCUUUGUCUGUC